AUGCGUGGCCUUUACAUCGGACUAGGUGCCAUUGCCUUGGUGUCCGUCAACGCCAACCAGUACCCCGACUGCGAAUACGACAACUGCUACAGGAACCUCGUCGACGACCGCUUCAAGCAUGAAGCCAACGUCUUUUGUGUUGAAUUCCUGAAUGGAACCACCACCGCCCCGGCUGCCAUCCCUACAGACUUCGGCAACUGCGACAAUGAUAUCAAGGCCGUCUCGUCUGCCUGCUCCUGUGUCACUUACACCUUAACUCACACCGUUCCCGUCACCACAAGCACUUCUUCCUCGUGGAUCACCAGCACUUCUUCCUCGUGGAUCACCAGCACAACAGCCCCGUCCACCACUGUCAGCACAACUGAAGUUGUCUGGACCACCUCGACCUCGUCCAUUGUCGUCAGCAGCAGCCAACAAUCAAGCAGCACAUCGUCUACUACAUCCUCUUCAUCAAGCACUUCUUCCACUGCCAGCAGCACAGAUUCAAGCAGCAGCAGAUUGUCUACUACGUCCUCUACGUCAAGCAGGCCUUCAUCAAGCACGCCUUCUACUACUAGCAGCACAGACUCAAGCAGCAGCAUAUUGUCUACUACGUCCUCUUCAUCAAGCACCCCUUCAUCAAGACCGCCUUCUACUGCUAGCAGCACAGACUCAAGCAGCAGUAUAUUGUCUACCACGUCAUCUCCGUCCUCUUCAUCAGCCACAUCUUCCACUGCUAGCAGCACAGGCUCAAGCAGUAGUACAUUCUCUACUACGUCCUCUAUAUCAACAACGUCUUCCACUGCUAGCAGCACAGGCUCAAGCAGUAGUAUAUCGUCUACUACGUCCUCUACAUUAAGCACGUCUUCUACUUCUAGCAGUACUACAGGCUCAAGCAGCAGUAUAUUAUCUACUACAUCCUUUACAUUAACUACAUCUUCCACUACUAGUAGUACUAAAGACUCAAGUAGCACUACACUGUCUACAACCUCUAGUACUUCCUCAACUAUUAGCAGUACAUUGUCUACUACAUCCUCUACAUCAAGCAGUUCGUCUACUGCCAGCAGCACUACAGACUCAAGCAGCAGCACAUCGGUCCCAACAACCUCUGUUUCUUCAACCACUAGCAGCAUCUCCUCCACGACCUCUGAUACCAGCGCUUCCUCGACUGUUACUGCAUCUUCUACAACAGGCUCUUCUUUCACUGCCAGCAGCACAUUGUCUACCACUAUUACUUCAGUGGGAAGCACCUCGUCAACGGCUAGCAGCUUAUCAUCCUCAACUACUUCCAUUUCCUCUGUAGCGAGCAUUUCUCCACCUGCUAUUAGUACCGGAUCCUCAAGUGGCACGUCGACCACCACAACCUCCGUUUCUUCAGUAACAAGCCCCUCAUCAACUGCCACCAGCAACACAUUGUUUACUACCUCCAAGACAAGCACUUCCCCCAUCAUCAGUAGCGCCAGCGACUCAAGCACUACAGCAGCUACUUUCAUUUCUCUUACCUCGGCAGUAAGCUUCCCAUCGACUGCCGUCAGUAGUAUCACGGGGUCAAGCAGCACGGUGUCCAGCUUUUAUUCUGAAGAAAGCACGCCCGUGGCUACAGAGACGAGCACUCCUCCGACUACUGAGGCGAGCACUCCUGCGACUACUGCGACGAGCACUCCCGUGGUUUCUGAGACGACCAUCACCUACCCCGUGACUGAUAGUUCUACCAAGUUCACCACCUCGACUAUUUACACAACUCAGGUCAAGACUUUCACUCAAUGCGCUCCUAAUGUCCCUGACUGUACUCUCAGUCCCAUCACCACUACCCAGACGAUUGCCGUUUCAACUACCAUUUGCCCCCUGACGGAGGAGUCUGAGAGGCCCGUCACAACCAACCUAAACACCAUACCAACGACCAAGAUGACUACAUCCACCAUCUACACAACCCGUGUGGAGACCAUCACAAGGUGCCUGCCAUCUUUUCCUAACUGCACCGGUCAACCUUAUGUCACAACCAGGACUAUUGCUGUUUAUACGACCGUGUGCCCUGUCAUUGAGACAUCCAACAAGCCCGUGGUUCCUAUUCCGACGGAUGAGCUGACUACUUCUACCAUCUACACGACCCGUGUUGAGACGGUCACUGGGUGCGCGUCAUCCACCCCAGGGUGCUCCGACCAACCUUACAUUACGACCAGGACCUUUGCAAUUUCCACGACGGUAUGUCCUGUCAACAAGGGCCCAACCGGGCCUGCGUUUUCGCCACCUGCUGCCCUACCGACGUCCUGGACUACCUCUAUUGUCUACACUACCAAUAUUUAUACUGUCACUGCUUGUCAGGGUAAUACACCUGGCUGCGUUCCCACUCCCCGUAUUACCACUGAGGUGAUCCCCAUCUAUACAACCAUUUGCCCCGUCACUGAAAGCGGGCCGCAAACCCUCACCAUCGCUAGCCCUGUUUUCAUCAGCACACCUCUUGUGCCGCCUGUAGGCACUCCUUCGGCAAACACUCAGUCUGCUCUUCUUGUCAGCUCUCAAUUUGGACCCUCGUCGGGAACCCAACCGACUCCUCCUGGAAAGAUUCAACCCGCCCCCUCGGUAGGCGCUCCUCCGGCUGGAUCUGCCCUGUCUGAAUUUCCCCCGGCCCAAUACCCCCCAAUAGGAUUCCCUCCGGCAGGCGUUCCUCCGGCCGGCUCUUCUCCAGCUAGCUCUUCUCCGUCUGGAGCUCUCCCGGCAGGUGCUCCUCCGGCUGGAUCUACCCCGAAUUCCUCUCCCUCGUCAGAACUCCCCCCGUCCCAAUUCCCCCCGAUAGGGUUUCCUCCGGCGGCCGUCUCUCCGGCCGGUUCUUCUUCAGCUGGCUCUCCCCCGGCAGGUGUUCCUCCGGCUGGAUCUCCCCCGAAUUCCUCUCCCUCGUCAGAACUCCCCCCGUCCCAAUUCCCCCCGAUAGGGUUUCCUCCGGCGGCCGUCUCUCCGGCCGGUUCUUCUUCAGCUGGCUCUCCUCCGGCAGGUGUUCCUCCGGCUGGGUCUCCCCUAACUUCCUCUCCCCCAUCUGAACUUCCCCUAGCCCAAUUCCCCCCGAUAGGAUUCCCCUCGGCAGGUGUCCCUCCGUAUGGAGCUCCCCCAACUUACUCCACCCCAUCUGGAGCUCCCCCAGCAGGCGCUCCUCCGGCUGGAUCUCACCCGAAUUCCUCUCCCUCAUCUGAACUCCCCCCAGCCCAAUUUCCCCCGAUAGGACUCCCCCCAGCAGGCGCUCCUCCGGCUGGAUCUCACCCGAAUUCCUCUCCAUCAUCUGAACUCCCCCCAGCCCAAUUUCCCCCGAUAGGACUCCCCCCGGCAGGCGUUCCUCCGGCCGGUUCUGCCCGAGCUAGCUCCUCUCCUUCUGGAGCUUCUGCCUCUGGAGCUUCCCCGCCUGGCGCUCCUACGGCUGCAACCCCCCCAACCUACUCUCCCCUAUCUAAACUUCCCCCCUCGGCUGGUCCUUCACCAUCUACAGCUAGCUCUCACCCGGUUGGCUCUCCUCCCACUACCAUCACUCCCGUUGCCGCUCCUACCAGGACCUUGUCUACUCCCGUGCAGGUCAGCGGCAACGCAGCUGAUCGCCUUGGUUCUGGCAUGUUUGCUGCCGUAGCCGGCGUGGUUAUUGCUGCUCUCCUCUAA